AUGACCGACCCCGUUGCCGAUACCCCCGCUAUGGAUGAAUUCGCGCAGACUCGUGGCGGGGAUGACCUAUUCGACGAUGAGAUUGUGCCUGUGGCCGCGGAGUCAGAGGUCCCGCCGGAAGUCCAAGCAUUGGAAGAGAACGUCGCAUCGCUAUCGUUAGAAACCCAAACCCCGCCGCCCCGUACCGAAACUCCUCCACGGUCGCGUGGAGGCGAAAGGCGAGGACGUGGCAGAGGAAAAGGACGCGGUGGCAGACAAGAAUCGCAAAAUCCAGCUUCAAGGCGGGGUGAUGGAGGCUCAAGGGCAAAGUCCGCUGACGAGGCCGCCCAGACCGAGAAGAGCAGUGAGGAACCCAGCAAGGAUGUGUCUGCUGAAACGACAGAACAAGCAAAGAAGGAAGAUGCAACUUCAGACUCCAAACCCUCCGCCGAGGCUAACGGUCAACGCGUGCCAGCUGUGCGCGGGGAUCGGAGUGCUACAGGUGGGAUCAAGAAGCCAAAACUCACAGAGGAGGAACUCUCUCAACGCAUCGCCGCCGCGAAGGAGAACGCUGCUCGCAAGGCUGCCGCCCACGCCCGUGCUGAAGCCGACCAAGCCUCCUUCCUUGAACGAGAGAAGGUUGCCGAAGAAAAGCGACGCCAGGAACGCCAGAAUCGCCGUGUGAUGGAUAACGAACGAGAGCGUAAUCGGCAGCGGAAACUUCAAGCUCUGGGCGGGAGAGAGUGGGAUUCGCAGAAGCAGGAGGAGGAUUAUAACCCUCGCGGAGGUAGAGGCGGAUUCCGACGAGGAAUGCACGGCGGUGUCUCUGGAUACGUUAGACGAGACUUUGGAGAUUCACAACCGGACGAAGAGACGAACAAUCACCACCAUAAUGGCUUUCGAGGCCGGGGUCGUGGCGGUAGAGGUGGUCGUGGACGCGGCCGUGGACCACGGCCAGACAUUCCACCAUCCGAAGGUGCAACGAACGAGCCAAGCUCUACCGAGCAAAAGCCCGCGCCAGCUCCAGUCAUCGAUAAUGAAGCCGAGUUCCCCUCCCUUCCUGGCGGUAGUAAAAAGGAGAGCACGGUCGACACUGAUUCUACUGCGGCUAAGCUCGCCGAUGUCCUAUCGCCGAUAUUUGCAAGCGGUGCUACAUGGGCAGAACAAGUCGAGAAUAACUAG